AUGGGUGCAGACGGAAAAAGGAAAAAGCGAGCCACAGUUAAAAAUGAACCUGAGGAUACCUUGAGACAGUCUAAAGGACUGGACGCUGAAGCGCCGGAGCCAAGUGCUAAACGUUUUUGUUUGGCAGUGGAUGCUCCCAAGGCAUUUGCGUUGGUUGAAAAAUCACGGCGAACACGGACUACAGAUUCUCGGUAUAAAUCGUGUGUUGUGCUUGUUAGAGGGCUUCCUGAGAAUGCUAUUACGGCUGAUCUUAUAGACAGCUUGUCUCGUUUUGGUUCCAUUUCCUACGUGAAGUUCCACUCCAAACAAGGUUGGGCUUUCGUCGAGUUUGAAGAUGAAGAAGGGGCUGAAUCAUGCGUGAAGUAUGGCUACGACAAUGCUCUCUGUAUCUGCGGUAACGAAGUGUUUAUGAUGUAUUCGCUCCAUCAUAUCCUUGAUCGUGACGCACUUGAAAGGCGCGAACCGAAUAAAGUUAUUGUGAUGUCAGUGAGUAAUAUUCAGAAGGAAGUCAAGGUUCAGGACGUCUACAAUGCGUGUUCUCCAUUCGGUACUGUGGAACGUAUAAAAAUUAGUCCACUGUCACGAGGAAGCGAAACAGGAUUAUUGGUGUUCGUCGAGUUUGACACGAUUGAAGCAGCUCAUGAAGCUAAGUUGGCUGUCAAUGGCGCUUUUUUCUUCGAAGAUUGUAAUUUGAUUCAUUGUGAAUUUGCCUCCUUGAAUACUCUUACAGUAUCAGAAAAUACUGAUUACUGUUAUGAUUACAUUCAGUCAAGGAGAGUGAAGGAGUAUGAUUUAAAGUCGGAAAAGAAUUCUGUGCCAACGCCUCGUCUUGUUCCUUAUGAUUCAUCUCCAGACAGUGUUGAAGAUCAAACUGCUAUGGAUGUGGAAGCAUUUGCGACCACGAAAGAUCCCAGUCCACAACAUCAUCGAGUGCCAUCACCACCAUCAGUAAAUGUGAAGGAUGAACUAACAGAGGAUUAUUAUUUAAUUGACACCUGCCCGACUGUCACAGAAUGCCUUGAGUCGGUCACAGCGAAAAACGAGGCGCAAAACUAUGAGUAUGUGCAAUGGAGUUGUGACAUGGAGUCGGCUGCUGCUGCUCCUUUGCAGCCUUCUUUACCGUCUGCUACUCUACAAACUUCGCCAGCAGAAGAGGCUGCUCAGCAGAUCACCAGUGUAGACGUUAAGCUCGAUGUUUCAUCUAGUGCGUCAUCAGUAGCUUUUGUCAUUCCUGCUAUAAACCCUGGUUCCUCAGAUCAACUUAACAGUGUGCACUCAAUCAACGGAAGCUCGACGGACGUCACAUAUGGAGAAAACCGACGGUGUAUGAUGGUCUACGGCAUUGAUCUGAAAACUGGAAUGUUUUCCUGCGACAGGCUGUUUAAUCUGCUGUGUAUGUACGGACAUGUGAUAGCGAUCAAACUUUUUAUGCGGAAAAGGGAUUCAGCGAUUGUGGAGUUUGCUCACGCACACUCGGUUAAUACUGCUAUGAAGAUGUUGCACAACAUAAAUCUUUUUGGAUGUUCGCUUACAUUCGAGUUCGGGAGGGCGGACUCUGUCAGACACACCUUCGAACGACUACCAGACGGCCUUCCCGCAUGUGAAUUCUACUCUUCAUGCCCCCUACAAAGAUUCGGGCGUCACACAUCUACUGAAAAUUGCAACAAAAAUAGGAUCACGUCGCCGACGUCGAUGUUGUUCUGGUGGGAUGCGCCACCUUACACCACUAAAGGGAUGAUUUACAAGAUGUUUCAGUCAGUUGGUGCACCACAACCUACCAAAGUUUCACCCUUUUCCCCACGACCAUCUGGAUCCGUGGGAAUAGCUGAGUUCGCGAGCACUCAACAAGCUGCUGAAGCACUGAUGCUUACAAAUCACUUUCCAAUGUUAUUAUCCGGGUUUAGAGGACCUGCAAUUGUAAAGCUCACCUUUGCUAUCAGCAAGUAUCAGCAAGCACAAAACGAAACGGCAGGUGCCGGUCGCACACGUGGAUUGAGCAAGAUGUUGAUGUGCUUCCAGAUUAGUAUUGUCUCUAUCAUGGUGACCGUCGCUUUUGAUACAUUUUAUGAUGGACCUUGUGACAUGGAGUUUCGUCGUCGUUCGCACUUCAACAUGAAUUGA